AGAGACCGGAAGUGUGGCUUUCAUUUACGCAUCGGCCAAACAGGAUCAAUCAAGAAACCCAACAGACUCGAGGACGGUGCCUUCAUCGUAAUGAAACCGUAGGCCAUUCCCGGCACAGAUCUUAGAGUUCCGGGUAGAGUGCUGUGUGUUAAGGAUCGACUGAGGCCAGCUUUAGGCUGGCUUCGUUUAUCCGGGAAAAGUGCUACACGUUUUGGAUGUCUAGGACUUUUUCCCAGGGCCAUGGCGGACUCGAAGCUUCUGGCACCAGAGCUGAGCGACGCAGAGUCGAUGGGUGAUGAGACGGUGCGGUUUCAGGAGCUGCUACUGCAGGCUUCCAAAGAGCUCCAGCAAGCCCAGACAGACAGGCCAGAAUCUACCCAGAUCCAGCCCCAGCCUGGUUUCUGCAUAAAGACCAAUUCAUCGGAAGGCAAGGUCUUCAUCAACAUCUGCCACUCGCCCUCCAUCCCUCCCCCGGUGGACGUGACUGAGGAUGAGCUGCUUCAGAUGCUGGAGGAGGGCCAAGCUGGCUUCCGAAUCCCCAUGAGCCUGGGAGAGCCACAUGCUGAGCUGGAUGCGAAAGGCCAGGGCUGCACUGCUUAUGAUGUCGCCGUCAAUAGCAACUUCUACCUGAGGAUGCAGAACAGCGAUUUCUUGAGGGAGCUGGUGGUCACCAUCGCCAGGGAGGGCCUUGAGGACAAGUAUGGUUUACAGCUAAAUCCAGAAUGGCGCGUGUUGAAGUACCGGCCUUUCCUGGGGUCCAUCUCGCAGCAGAACAUCCGUUCCCGGCAGCGUCCUCGGAUCCAGGAGCUGGGGACCCCGCAGGGCCCGGAGCGGCCUCACAUGAACCUUUGGUUGGAAGCCCCCGACCUCCUCUUGGCUGAAAUUGACCUCCCCAAGCUGGAUGGAGCUCGAGGGCUGACGCUGGAGAUAGGGGAGAAUCACCUGGUGAUGGGAAGCCUCCAGCAACUGUACCACCUCAACGCCUCCAUCCCCCUGCGGAUCAACCCUGAGGCCAGCAGGGCUGCUUUCCACCACAGAAGAAAGCAACUGAUGGUGUCCAUGCCCCUCCUGUCAGUGUCUUAACCAGAAUCCCCCUGUAUUUCCAGAUGUGGAGAAGAUGUUGUCUUCUCUCAAUGUGAAAUAAACAGUUUUUCCAGUUC